AACAGAUAAGACCCCCAAACUGGCUUCAGAGGUUUUAAUGGACUAUGCAAGAUAAAAGGCAUUUCAUACCCUGUAUCCCUGAGUCGCUAUAUGUUCUUCUGGGAGAGGAGGGUGGAAGAGGGGAGGCAGGAAGUCCGGACCCUUGUUGGGGAUUCGGAAACAGUUCCAGUCCAGGCACCACCACAGAAGAUGCUUGGCUCUCAAGGGACUGCCGCAGAGAUGUGUUCUCAAUACUGCAUCUCCAUAGCUGAUGUGAAAAAAGCUUGUUCAGAAAUCAAAGACCUCAUCCACGUCACCCCCAUCCUCACAAGUUCCAUUUUGGACCAGUUGGCCGGCCGGAAGCUCUUCUUCAAAUGUGAACUCUUCCAGAAGACUGGGUCCUUUAAGAUUCGGGGGGCCUUCAAUGCCAUUCGGAGCUUGACCUCCAACACUUCUGGAGACAGGAAGAAACCCAAAGCUGUGGUCACUCACAGCAGUGGGAAUCAUGGCCAGGCUCUCAGUUACGCAGCCAGACUAGAAGGAAUUCCUGCCUAUAUUGUGGUCCCAAGAACAGCCCCUUCCUGUAAGAAAUCAGCAAUACGGGGCUACGGAGCCACCCUAGUAGACUGUGAGCCCAGUGAUGAGUCGAGAAAAAUGGUGGCAGCCAGAAUUGUGAAGCAAACUGAAGGGAUAAUGGUGCAUCCCAACCAGUGCCCAGCUGUGAUGGCGGGCCAGGGCACCAUUGCUCUGGAAGUGCUCGAACAGGUUCCCAAGGUGGAUGCCCUAGUGGUACCUGUAGGGGGUGGAGGGAUGAUCUCAGGAAUAGCAGUUACAAUCAAGGCUCUGAGACCAGAGGUGAAAGUAUACGCUGCGGAGCCCUGUAAUGCCGAUGACUGCUUCCAGUCCAAGCUCAAAGGGGAGCUCACCCCUAACCCAUCUCCGCCAGACACCAUAGCAGAUGGGGUUAAAUCAAGCAUUGGCCCCUAUAGUUGGCCUAUCAUAAGGGAUCUGGUGGAUGAAGUCUUCACUGUCACAGAGGAUGAAAUUAAGCAUGCCACCCAGCUGGUGUGGGAGAGGAUGAAGCUUCUCAUCGAGCCCACGGCCGCAGUGGGAGUAGCUGCUGUGCUGGGCGAACAGUUCCAGAAGAUGCCCGCUCUGCAAAAUGUCUGCGUGGUUCUCAGUGGGGGGAACGUAGACUUAACUUCCCUGGGAUGGCUGAAGCGAGCAGAGGAGACCCAGCUCCCUCUGGACUGAGAGGGACCAAGUCCUGAAGCCCAAACUCACCAAGCGGCUCCUUGAUGUGUCCUCGGCGACCCCAUUUGGUUCUCAAUUCCACUGGUUUAAACCACAGCACAUCCUCUAAGAUUAAAAACAUCAAUGAAGAA